UCUUCUGCAUCCUCCCACCCUCCUCUGCUGCAUCAGCACCAACCUCUCUCCAUCCUUAGAGCAGCUUUCUUUUCCCAGCUUGGCUGAGCAGGGAAGCUCAGUUUAUCUCUUGCUGCGAUUACCUGUACCCUCCCCCCCUCCAAUCUUCUCCUCCACCACCCCAGAGAAGAGGGGUCCACGCCAGCCAUCGUGUCUGUCUGCCGUGCCACAGGGAGGGGGGGGGGAGAGCAAACCGACUGAGGACCGGCAACCUCACGAGGAAGCACAAUGAAGGAUCGUACUCAGGAGUUGAGAACUGCGAAAGACAGCGAUGAUGAGGAAGAAGUGGUACAUGUGGACCGGGACCAUUUCAUGGAUGAAUUCUUCGAACAGGUGGAGGAGAUCCGUGGCUGCAUCGAGAAGCUCUCAGAGGAUGUGGAGUUGGUGAAGAAGCAGCACAGUGCCAUCUUGGCCGCCCCCAACCCCGAUGAGAAGACCAAGCAGGAAUUGGAGGACCUCACAGCAGAUAUAAAGAAGACUGCCAACAAGGUGCGCUCCAAAUUGAAAGCGAUUGAGCAGAGUAUUGAGCAGGAAGAAGUGCAGAACCGAUCCUCAGCUGACCUGCGGAUCCGGAAAACACAGCACUCAACUCUCUCCCGCAAGUUUGUGGAAGUGAUGACGGAAUACAACACAACCCAAUCCAAAUAUCGAGAUCGUUGCAAGGACCGUAUCCAGAGGCAACUGGAGAUAACUGGCAGAACAACAACCAAUGAGGAACUAGAAGACAUGCUGGAGAGUGGCAAGUUGGCGAUCUUCACUGAUGAUAUCAAAAUGGACUCACAGAUGACAAAGCAGGCCCUGAAUGAGAUUGAAACCCGGCACAAUGAGAUUAUCAAACUGGAAACCAGCAUCCGGGAGCUGCAUGACAUGUUUGUGGACAUGGCAAUGUUGGUGGAGAGCCAGGGUGAGAUGAUUGACCGCAUUGAAUACAAUGUCGAGCACUCUGUGGACUACGUGGAAAGAGCCGUCUCUGACACCAAGAAAGCUGUAAAAUACCAGAGCAAGGCUCGGAGGAAGAAAAUUAUGAUUAUAAUUUGUUGUGUGGUUCUCGGUAUAGUACUGGCCUCCUCCAUUGGGGGCACGCUUGGGUUGUAAAUUAAAAGCAAAAAAAAUUAAUAAUAAUAUUAUAAUAAUAAUUUAAAAAUUGUACAUGCAGUGGAUAUAACAGCACAUGUUCCAGCUACCUAUAGAUAAAAACAACUUUAUUGGGUCAGCAAAUCUAA